AUGUCUGAUACUAUAAAUAGUAGUAAUGGCAAUAAUAAUAAUGAAUUAACCGAUUCUAAUUAUUCAAUAACAAAGGAAGAAGAAGAUUCAUUAAAGAAUAGUAUUGACAAUGUAAAUAUUAAUAUAAAUGAUGAUCAGGAUGAUGAUAAUACAAGAUACUUAAAGAAAAGAAAUAAAAAAAAAAUUGAAAAAGAAAAAGGUUUACAUAGAUUUUAUAAACCUCCUCAUAUUAUUAAAAAUAAAAGAACACAACGAACCAUUUCAUUCGUUUGGGGUGUUUUAACAAUUUUAAUAUCUGGUACUCUAUAUGGUUUUAGUGUUAUUUCUAAUGAAGUUAGAGAUAGAUUAGAUUAUAGUCAAACUGAUAUUGGUUUAGCAAUUUCACUUGGUGAUGUUGGAAUAUACAUUGGAUUAACAGUUGGGUAUUUCUUUGAUUUAUUCGGACCAUUUUAUACAUCAUUGUUAGCAACAGUAUUAUAUAUCAUUGGAUAUAUGGGUGUUUGGGGUAUUUUAAAGGGUACAAUAAUUAACAAUGUAUACUUGUUAUCAUUCUUUUUAUUUUUAGUUGGUCAAGCUUCACAUGCAACAUUUACAGCUUCAAUCGUUCCAAAUGUUCAUAAUUAUACAAUUAAACAUAGAGGAAAGAUUGGAGGUAUAUUAGUUGGUAUGUUUGCAUUAUCAUCGGGUAUUUUUGGUAUUAUUUAUAAAUCAACAUUUAAAAAGAAUAAUGAUGUCGAAGGAUAUUUAUUAUUUUUAGCCAUUCUCCUUAGUUCUGUUGCAUUUAUUUCAGCAUUUAUUGUUAGAGUUGUAAAGGUUGAGGGUGUCGAAGAACCAGAAAUUCAAAGUGAUAGUGAUGAUGCUGAUCAACUUGAUAAUUCAAUUGAUAAAAAAGAACAAAAAUUAAGUGAUCAAUUCAACCAAAGUACUGAAGAUCUAACAAUAAGUGGUAAUUCUAUUACAAAUGGUGGCAACAUUGGAAUUGAUGAGGAGAAUGGUACCUCUAGUAGUGGUAGUGGUAGUAGUAGUGAUAAUAACAAGGGUAGUGGUGACUUAAAUAGUAGUGAUGUUAAUAUGCAAAAAAAAGGAGGUAAAUUAAAAACUUUAAUUAAUAAUAUUACUAAUAAUAAUAAUAGUUUAGAUUCUUCUAGUUAUAAAUUACUAAACAAAAUCGAAGAUUUUGAUGAGGUUGCAGCUAUAGGUGCAGAUUUAGAUGUAGAAAGAAAUCCAAAUUAUUUAGAUGGUAGAAGAGAUAUUUCAGGUUUAAAAUUAUUAAAGCAAUGGGAAUUUUGGUUAAUGUGGAUUAUUUAUUUCUUUGCAGCAGGUACUAGUUUAAUGUUUUUAAAUAAUAUUGCAGUUAUGGCUCAAGCAUUUAAUAGACCAUCUUCAAUUCAUAGUGAUCUUGUUAUUAUUUUCGCAUGUAGUAAUUUGACAGGUAGAGCUGGAAAUGGUUUAUUAUCUGAUUUUAUAUCUAAAAAAUAUUCUAGAUUCUGGUGCGUUGUUCUAUCUAGUUUUAUACUCUCUUUAACUCAUUUAAUCAUUUCAUUUGAAUUAGAUGCUUUGUUUUAUCCAGCAACUAUAAUUACUGGAAUUGGUUAUGGUGGAAUGGUUUCAAUUAUGGUAUCAUUAACAAGUUUAAGAUUUGGUCCAAGAAGAUUUGGUAUUAAUUUCGGUUUUUUGGCAAUUUCAUCAGCAUCAGCAUCACUUGCCUUUAGCACAUUUAGCAGUAAGAUUUAUGAUAGUUUAUCAGUAGAUGGAGAAAAGUGUCAUGGAACUCAUUGUUUUAGAACAUGUUUUAUUUUAAGUUUUGUUUUCAAUUUGGUUUGCAUCUUUAUUGGAAUGUUUAUCAUUUUUAAACAUAGAAGGAAUCAAUUAAGAGGAAAAUAA